GGGAAUUUAUCAAACUUGAAUAAACACAAAAUAAUAAUACACAAAUCAUCAGUAUGAAAAUAACUCUACUCAUUUUUCACAUUACCUUUGAUCUAGCACUGUCUGAAACUACAUGUAUUGGAAUAUCACUUUCUAAAUAUCAAUUGGAAGAUAAGGUUUACUUUAAAUAUACUCAUGCUGAGGUACUAGAAAAUCAUCUGAGGUCAUUUAAAGUAGUGACUAGCACCAGAUGCGCCACUAGCUGUUCCGCCAUUCGAGAAACGUGCAAAUCAUACAACCUACGGAAUAUUGAAGGAGAAAAGCACGUGAAAAUGUGUGAGUUACUUGGACCAUAUUUGACGAGCGAAUCACCUACUGCAACACUAGAAGAUGUCGAUCACUACCAUAGAAAAGCUUUCUGUAGAGAAAAUGUACAGCUGAUAUCUGGAGAUGCUUACUAUGUUGAUGAUUCAGGAAUAACUGCAUCAACAAUUUAUAGUCUUGAUCUC